CCAAGGCGGGAUCCCGGCUUUGGAACGUUGGAGGUUUCCGGCCACAGAGGCAGGGCCUCCGGGGAGCCAAGAGGGGCGGGGAGAGACACACACAGAGAAGCAGAGGAGACCAACGGACCGGACAGAGACGAGGAGAGGAACAGGAAGAGAGAAGCUGGGAGAGUCGGGAACCUGGGGGCUAGUGACCUGCACACAGGGCAGGGACAGUUCCAGAGGCCAUCCCUCCCACCCCAGACAUCCAGACAUCUGGAACUUUGGGUGCCAAGAGUCCAGCUUAAUGCAGGCAGCCUGGCUUUUGGGGGCUUUGGUGGUCCCCCAGCUCUUGGGCUUUGGCCAUGGGGCUCGGGGAGCCGAGAGGGAGUGGGAGGGAGGCUGGGGAGGUGCCCAGGAGGAGGAGCGGGAGAGGGAGGCCCUGAUGCUGAAGCAUCUGCAGGAAGCCCUAGGACUGCCUGCUGGGAGGGGGGAUGAGAAUCCUGCCGGAACUGUUGAGGGCAAAGAGGACUGGGAGAUGGAGGAGGACCAGGGGGAGGAAGAGGAGGAGGAAGCAACGCCAACCCCAUCCUCCGGCCCCAGCCCCUCUCCCACCCCUGAGGACAUCGUCACUUACAUCCUGGGUCGCCUGGCCGGCCUGGAUGCAGGCCUGCACCAGCUGCACGUCCGUCUGCACGCGUUGGACACCCGCGUGGUCGAGCUGACCCAGGGGCUGCGGCAGCUGCGGAACGCGGCGAGCGACACCCGCGAUGCUGUGCAAGCCCUGCAGGAGACGCAGGGUCGCGCCGAGCGAGAGCACGGCCGCUUGGAGGGCUGCCUGAAGGGGCUGCACCUAGGCCACAAGUGCUUCCUGCUCUCGCGCGACUUCGAAGCUCAGGCGGCGGCGCAGGCGCGGUGCACGGCGCGGGGCGGGAGCCUGGCGCAGCCGGCGGACCGCCAGCAGAUGGAGGCGCUCACUGGCUACCUGCGCGCGGCGCUCGCUCCCUACAACUGGCCGGUGUGGCUGGGCGUGCACGAUCGGCGCGCCGAGGGCCUCUACCUCUUCGAAAACGGCCAGCGCGUGUCCUUCUUCGCCUGGCAUCGCUCACCCCGCCCCGAGCUCGGCGCCCAGCCCAGCGCCUCGCCGCACCCGCUCAGCCCGGACCAGCCCAACGGUGGCACGCUGGAGAACUGCGUGGCGCAGGCCUCUGACGACGGCUCCUGGUGGGACCACGACUGCCAGCGGCGCCUCUACUACGUCUGCGAGUUCCCCUUCUAGCGGGGCCGGUACCCCGCCUCCCUGCCCAUCCCACCACCCGGCCUUUCCCUGCGCCGUGCCCACCCUACUCCGAGAUCGCCCUUCCCUUCCUGUCCACGAAUGGCAGCGUCCUCCCCGACCCCCAGGCUGGGCGCUUCUGGGAGGGCUCUUGCGGUGCCGGGACUCCUCCUUGUUAGUGUCUUUCCUUGAAGGGGCGGGCACCAGGUUAGGUCCGGUGCCAAUAAAUCCUUGUGGAAUCUGACUUG